AUGGAUAAAAGGAGAAGAGAGAGAGAGAGGGGAAGGGAAGGGACGGUGGGUGUUGAGAAAGAGAGGGGAAUAGGAUGGGAAAGAGGAAGUAUUACUGCGACUACUGCGACAAGCAAUUCCAAGACACAGCUGCGGAUCGGAAACGACACGUUCGUGGAAUUCAACACCAGCAAGCCAAAGCUCGCUGGUACGAUUCCUUCAAACAACAAAACCCUAUUUUUCCUAAUUCUAAACAGCCCCUUUGCAUUCACUUCCUCAACACGGGCUUUUGCCGUUACGGAGAGUCUUGCAAAUAUCUUCAUCCCCAAAUCAUAAGCACAGCACCAUCUCCAUCUCCAUCUCCAGGUCAAUUCCUUCUCUCUCUAUCAUCCACUGCAGGGAUAGAAAAUCUUCCCCCUUCGUUGCAGCCUCCUCCUGAGGCUGGAUAUCCCCAUCUUCCUUUUCUCGACUGGGGAUUCAAUUAGACAUCAUUUUUCCUUUCGGAACUUCAAUCCUCUAUAAAAUUACCUUUCGAUUACCCUAUUUAGCUCAAGACGCCAUUACCUUGCUUUUAUGAGUCUGUAUAUAUUCAUCCGAGUUGUCCUUUUUGGAUUUAUUAUGUUUAUGCAGCUUGUUUUUCAUACUUAACGGUCACAGACUCAGUUAUGUUAAAUAGUAUUAGAAUCUUUUUUUUAUUAUCGGAUUUUAACUAAGAUAUUGAAAUCUUUGAAUAAAAUACAAGUCCAUCCCAGCAAAAUCCAUCCAUUGCGGAUCUGAAUUAUCUACACUUUCAUUAAAGCUGUAUAUAUGCUAUAAUUUGACCCUGAAGAGUGUUUUGCUAUAUAUAAAAGAAAGCUUAU